AUGAGCAACGAUUGUGAAGAUGAUUUUGGUUUAUUUGAAAUGGAAAUGUAGCCUUUUGAACCUCCAUCAUAGGGAUUUUUUGGAGAGCUAGAAAAUUUAGCUUUGUAGGAGCGAAGAAAGAAAUAACAAGAAGAACUUUUGAAAGAAGAGAGGAGGAAAGCAAGUAUUUUAGUUAAGAAGCCUCUCGUUGCAGUCCCAAGAAAUCAGAUUGAAUGUGAAACCACCUUCUUUCUAUAUGGAGAGAUUUUUGUUUCUGCUAAUUAUUAGGAUGAUUUGCAAUGUAUCAACGAGAGAUCUCGCUUAAACCAAUUUUGCAAACCCGUACUGCGCCAAGAGUAUAAAAAAAGAUUAAAAUUGAUUGAAUAACAAUUAGGAACUAGUUUGAUUGGUCUAAACAACUACGAAGGAGUGCUUAAAUUGUUGCUAUCAAAAGGAGACAAUUUAUUAUACGAAGUUGUUCAUUGGCUUCAGUAGCAAAAAAAUUCAUUUUUAAAAUACAGAUAAAACUUAUCAAGAAUCUAAAGUGAAUAAAUUUAAUUGGGUAAAUACGAAGAAUACAUUUAGUUUUGCAACAAAAGAUUUGAGGCCAGCCUUGAAAUUUGCUAUAAUUUUUUAGAGCAAAUAAGCCCUUGUUGCUACUACGAUUUCAAAAUAGGCAGAAUUAAUUAUGAGUCUCUCAAUUUUGAGAUUAUUAAUUCAGGAGUAAGUGAAUCUUUUCUUGCCCUUCUCGGCACAACAGUAGAAAGCUUUAGUUAAAUUACAUAAAGAAGGGGCAGAACGAUUCUUUUCACAGCAAAAUCAAGAAUAGAUAUAUUAAUUGCUGAACUGAAAGCAAUGUCCGUUGAUGGGUGUUCGUGUCCAGAACCAGUUGAUAUAGAAAUUCUUAGUUUUGAUGGAUUUAAAAUACCUUGCAAAGCAGUUUACAAGCACAUUCACCCAAACCCACAUCUGCAUAUACUAAAGUAUGAUGAAGUUCUGAUUGUAAGAGAGUAUGUUGUUCCAGAAAAUAUUAUCAGCCAAAUUAUGUAUAUUCGAAAUAAAAGAAGUAAGCAUCCAGAACAAAUUAUUUAUGAAGACUAUACAGAUUUAAUUUCAGAUGAUUUCUAGUACUCUGUUGAAAGUUAGCUCUUCCUAGAGAAAUACUAUCCACAUCUUGCCAAAAAAUAUAAUUGA